AUGUACGACGGAGAGAUACCCGACCUGGAGGCCUGGAAAUUGGUCGUACCGAGGGAAUACUGCGCGCCAGUCCUGGAGGAGAGCCACUGCUCAGCCCAGGCAGGCCAUCCAGGUACCGAUAAAACAUAUCGAAGGUUGGCCCAGAGUUACUACUGGCCGAAGAUGGCCCGGGAUGUGUUAGCCUUCGUGAGCCAAUUAGCAGCUGACAUAGUGGGGCCACUCACCCGCAGCAAGGCAGGAUUCUGCUACAUCCUGGUGGUCCAGGACCUGUACACCAAGUGGAUAGAGGUGUGCCCCUUGCGACAGGCCACCGGGAGGAAAAUCAGGGAGUGCCUGGAGGGUGUCGUGAUAAACCGGUGGGGAACACCGGACAUCCUGCUCACCGACAAUGGGACAGAGUUCGUCAACCGGGAGCUGAAAGCGACGGCCCAGCAGGCGGGAAUCCAGCUACACACCACCCCGCCCUUCCAUCCCCAGGCCAACCCGGUUGAGCGGGUCAACCGAGUACUGCAGACUAUGAUCCGAGCGUUCCUGGGCGAGGACCAUCGGGAGUGGGAUGAACACCUGUAUGAAUUCCGCUUCGCCUAUAACACGGCCCAUCAUUGCUCCACCAACAUGACCUCCGCCUUUGCCAACUUCGGGCGAGAACCCAUCCCGGCAAGAUCCUGGAAGAAGGAGGUAGGGAGUGUCGAGGCGACGCCUCCCCUACCAGCCGAGUGGGAGACCCGCAUGAGGAGAAUCGACACCGUCAGGGUAGUCAUCACUCACGCGUUGGAAGAAGCCCACCGGGGCCAGGCCCAUUACUACAACCUCCGGCGAAGGGCCAGCACCUACCAAGAGGGAGGCCAAGUCCUCACCCGGAGACACGCGCUCUUCAACGCCGCCAAGAACUUCACCGCUUCCUUAUGCACCCUAUACCAGGGGCCAUGGGUGAUAAAGAGGAAAGUCUCCCCUACCGUCGUGGAGCUCGUGGAUCUGCACGGACGCCCCAGGGGCAAAAUGUCCACCCACGACCUGAAAAUCGACAUGAGUUGCCCAGGCGACCUACCCGCGGAGGACUGGUCGAUCAGCAGCGAGAUGGAGGACCUGCUGCUGAGGGAGGAUUCCGACGGCGACAUCAUUAUCGUCGAGGACCUCUCGGCCCCCACGCGAACCCCGGACCCAGAAGCACUAGCCCGCGCCCAGCGAGCCGACGACGCCAACGCGUUCUACGCGCUGGACGACCUCCUGCAGGCGCACCUCGAGGAAUUCAGCGAUUCGUUCCCGGACGGGCCCCUCUGGCGACCUUUCGCCCAGCACGGCAGCCUGCUUCGAUGGCUAACGGAGUGUGUCCCGGGCUUUGACAUCAGCCUAUGGGAGUUCGUGGUGAGGGCCACCCACCGACGCAGGGACCAGCAUGGCUCCAUCCUGGAGGAGACAGACCGGGCCAUCAGAGCUGCCGGGAGCCUACGGUUCUUGGUGCCCAUGCCCACAGGCCCCCUAUGGGCACCCCUGCAGCAGCACGCCAUCGCUAUGCGCUGGCUGGGGAAGCAGUUCUCCACCUUUUUCCAGGACCUCAUCCAGUAG